UGAUUGAUGUACAGACAACCUUAUACUAUAACUAAUCUACAGAUUUCAUGUUGUCAGUUUAUGUGAUAUAGUGAAUAAUUUAGUGAGUUUAUACUGAUCGAUAUAACAAUAGCCGAUAUUUAAUUCACACUCAGCUGUUAUCAAUAAGUUUUCAUACACAAUUCGAAAAGACGUUUAAGAAGAGUGUAUACCUCAAAAACUAUUAAUUGUAUUGGAUAUACGAUUACGGACAGAAAGGUGCAGUACACUUGGCCGAACAUACUCAGUUCUUUAUACUACCAACUAAAUACCAAAGACCAUAUAGAUUGUCCGUCACUGAUGUUUGUCGAAUAGACUUAACAAUAAAUUGAAAAAUGUGUAUCUGUAUAUUUCUCGUGGGAUAUAUAACCAGACUGUAGAAAGCAGGAAAAAUGGAAAACAACACAACGGAUAUUAACUGCAUUUUGGACUUGUCGGAGGCAGAACUCCCGAUAUUGCUAGUGCUGACGUUAAUAUUCAAUUCAGUUUCAUUGCUUAUUUUAAAUCGAAUGAAAGUGCUGACAGAAACAAUUGAUCAUUUAUUGGUAACGACUUUGACCUAUAAUGAUAUGAUAUCGACCUUGUUGUACACCUUUAUGUGGAUAGGGUCAUGGAUAUCAUGUGGUCAGAUGUUACAAAAUAUAACCUGUGAUAUAUUCGGAUGGUUAGGAACGAUUACCGUAAUUUGGUCUGCGGGCAUUGUGGUCGUAAUGUCUGGGUGUCGUUAUUUAGCCUUGGUGCGACCACUUUAUUACAGACUGCACGUGAAUGCGAAAUCAGUGAAAAUUGGCCUUGUGGGAUUUUUGGCUUUAUUUCUGGUUAUGGUGACGUUUCCGUUGGUGGGGUUAGCGUCACCGUAUUAUUACUAUUCUUCAAACAUGGUUUGUGCUUAUAACUUUACUCCUGGUGAUGGCGGCUUAUUUCACAGGUGCAUCCUGGGUAUCAUAUCAGUGUUUGGAUUAUUGACAGUGAUAGUCAUUCUUUUCUUCAACAUCUCAAUUGUUGGGCAGAUUCGCAAAACUGCUAGUGUUGGUCAUUCCGAUCCGACUAAGAUGUCAUCAGUAUUAAAUAAUAAAAGAACGGCGAUUACGUCCGUUACGUUAGUGGUAUCACUGGUCUACGUUUUAACAUACGGUCCAUUUUUGAGUCGAGUAUUAUAUGACGUCAUCUACAACAUAAAAAGUCAAGAUCGCUUGGAUCAUUCCAUUACAAUGGCACUGUUGUUUUUAAGUCCUUUGUUAAAUCCUAUCAUGUAUGUUUUAUUCAACAAAAAACAUAGAGCCUGCUUAAUGGGUUUGAUCAAAUCUAUGUGUGCGAAAAUUACAUGCCGGAAGUCGAUACAAGAGAACAGUAUAACAGAGAACGACGGGAAGGAGGAAUCACGAGGCCAAGUUUGACCAAUGUCGUGUCAGAUAAGGAGAUCGUGGGGUUUUUUGGGGGUUUUUUAUAAGCAAUAUUUUUAUUCAGGAUGUCUGAAUGGGAUUGGGGAACAGGCUUAGCCUAUGUAAAACCCCUCUCCCUGUGCACGUGGGGUUGAUACAACCAGACAAAAUUAAAUGUAAACAGGGCGCUGACAUCUUGAAUAAAUUAUUAAAGGAACUACAGCAAGACAUUAAACCUGUGAUUACUCAAAUGCGAAACUAAAUAUCCUUAAAUGGUUUCCCCGCUCCGUUUCGCUGAAUUUUGGCCUUAUAUCAAAGAUACUGCUGUCCAGACAGAGUAUGCAUGAGUGUGUAAAUCAAGAAAACAGUGUAAAACGUGUGCCUGUAAUCUUGAGCAUUGCUGACUAUUAUAAUGAGGAUAUACUUGUGAGAAAAUUCUACAAAAAAACAGACUUUUAAUCUUAACAAUUGCUAACU